AUGUCGAUGUCAAUCACGUCUCAAGGCCCGAAACUGAAGUCCAAGGUGAUCGUGGAGAUGAUGUUCAGAGAUCCAGAGCCUCGUGGACAGACAUGUAAAGCUUGCAACCUCUUCAUUAGACAGGUCAAGACAGCUGGAUACACCAAUUUGAUAAACCACCUAGCGUCAAAACACUCCGGCUACGAAGACGUUGUUCGGCAAUGCAUGCGUGACAAGCGGAGCGUUACAAUGGACAUGUUCGUGGACCAGGACGCCCUGUCGACUCACCAGUGGAUGAAUCUUGUUGUAAACAAAAACUUCCCGUUCAUGGCUGUAGAUGAUGGCGUUCAUGAAUUCAAGAACUUUAAAGGCUCGAAUGGGCGCAACCGUGGAGCUCGUUGA